ACCUUUGCCACUGACACUGGGAGAGUUUGCAAAAACAUCAAUAAGAUUUUUUUUUCUUCAGAAUAUCUUGUACAACUGCAGACACAGUGACCACGAACAAGAUGGCGGUCUUUGUAAAAGCUAUUUGCCUUCUUGCUGCAUUUUGCUUCACGAUCGAAGCCAAAAACGACACUCGUGCGGAUCCUGCAAAGAAGCAAACUCCGCCCGCUUCACCUCCCCAAAACCAGUUCGACUUCGUGUUCAGUAUCUACAACCAAACCACACCAAUCCCUGAGAGUCAAACUACCACGAGGAUGACCAGACCAAGCACUGGCAACCAAGCUACGAUCCAGCCUAACAUCGUAGGAGGCUCUACGAGCAUCUACGACGACUCUUCCGAGGAGGAGUCCGAUACUGAUACGGAUGACGGCGAGGUCCAAAGUGCUCCUUCUUAUGUCUUUAAGGAGAACGGGAAUCGAGUGAGCGGAAAUACACGACCUAUGUCUGCUGGAUGGACUAGGCAGCGAGCCAUGACAGGAGUGCGGGAUGGGGACCUCGUAGGAGACUACGAGGGUGGUUUAUUUGGCGUUCACGACCAUCUCGUCGGCAGGGCUACCGGUUCGUCUGCUCGUGGAGUCGGAAUCGCUCUCGGUUUGCUCGGACUCCUAACUGUGGUAAUAGCUGCUGCUUUCCUCAUCAUCAGAAAACAAAGGAGUAAUAACGCAAGCUUUGUUCGUAUUUAAUGGGAAUACAUCGAUGGUAUUAGUAUGGACCAAAUUACAGAUUGUUACACAGCCAGUCGGUUUCUACGAAACAUUAUUGAAAUAUGUAUAUUUAUUUGUGAUUGAUUAAUUUAUUAAUUCAUAUGUAAUAUGUACAUUUCUAUAUUGACUUCCUUGUUAAAAAAUUAAUUAAACCAGUUUCCCUUUUAUUUCAUCAUAUAUUUUGUUGAUUUAUUUGAUUUCAUUCUUAAUAACUAUGUUAUCUUUUCUUGAUUUCGGGCUUGUUUUUGUUUUGGGGAUCUAUUGUUGGGGGGGGGGGCUUCGUUUGUGAUAUGGAUAAAGGUUGUCGUUAAAUAUUUUCAUGGCGCCCUUUCUCAGAUAUACCCCCCCCCCCCCCACACACACACACACACACACACAAAUCAUCAAAGAAUAAUUUAGAUUUGUAAUUCAUUUAAACUAUUUUGGUUUUGACCAUUUUAAUGUCGUAUUGAGACUAAAUGUAUUUUUUCACAGCAAUCCGAUGAAAGUAAGCUCAGUUCAAUUAAAUGUUAUUUUAGUAAUCAUAAUGUUUCUUAGGGCUUUACAUUGCAAUUAUUAUUAUCCCAGUCAUUGGAUCCUGACAUGCCCGCACAUAAGGUAUGCCCUUCUCCACUCCCUGGGAACAUUCCUACAAGAGUUCCAAGACUUAUUUGCUCGGCAUACUACCUAUAGGCAUUGGCAUCCUACCGGGUACACACUAAGAAAUAAAGGUGCAGUUUAGGAUUCAAAUUUGCGUUUAGCACCCCUAUCUCGACAAGGGUUGAAUAUUCCACCUGUACGGGUUCACUUUGUACGAACCAGGGUUCAAUUUCCAGAAAGGUUCAAUUUUGAACCUUUCUGUAUGGAUUAUUAGUCCUGUACAGAAACCUACGGAAAAGCGAUUAUUAUAUUGUUCACAUGUUACAGCCAGUAUCUCUUAUAAAAGUAAGUUGAUUCAAAGGUUGUUGAAAGAAAAUGAAGUUAAAUUACCAAAUAAUCAAUAUUAAUUAAUUUGCUACGUGAAUCCACGCAAACGAAACAUAAAAGUUAUAAUUCUCCGUAAAGAAAGUAACCGUACAUAGACUAAGUGGCUAGCCGGUGAUCAACCAAUCACGCAAACGGAGACAAGGCGUCAAAUCGGUACACAAAACAUACAGAUAUCCCACAUCUUCACAGUACAAAGAGGUUUGCAGAGCACUUGUUGUUAGAUUCCCCAUCUUGAAGGACAAAGCCAAGAACUCUACUGGAUAUGUAAGUAAUAUUUUUACCAGUUCAUUCCAUGCCAUUUCAUAAAUUCAGGAGUUGAUAACAUAUGUACAUGUAUGCUGAUAAUUACUAUGAAGUUUUAAGUUGUUUGGGUUGAAACUUCUGAAGAUGUAUUUUUUUACAAAAUUGUCUUUAUGUCAGUUUUCUUUGUUUACUGUAAUUAAAUUGUUAAAAGACAUU